AUGGCACCAAAGAAGAAGGGGAACAAGAAUGCCCAGGAGGACUGGGAGGCGGAAUUGGGAGAGAGCAUCGCCCCGGCUGGAGAUGCUCCUCCUGCCGCUGAACAGAAUGGCGAGGACGAUGAGGCUGCUGGCGGUGGCGGCCUGAUGGCCAUCAUGCGCAAGAACAAGGAGAAGCGCAAGAAGAAGGGCAUUGUGGACGAGGAGCCGGCACCUGAGCCGGUGGAGGAGGAUCUGUCUGCCAAAGCACCAGUUGAGGCAUCUCUGGACGAUGACGAGUUUGCCUUGCCGCAGAAGAAAGGAAAGGGUGGCAAGGGCAAGCCUGCCCCGGCAGCGGCCGCGAAGGAUGACAAGGAUGACCUCGAAGAGCCGGGCAGGAUACUCACAAAGGCAGAGAAGGAAAAGCUGAAGAAGGAACGUGAGAAGCAGCGUAAGAAGGAACAGGCUGCCAAGAAGAAGACUCCAGCACCUGCGAAAGCCCCAGAGCCGGCAAAGACGACUGCCAAAGAUGAGCCCGCGGCUGAACCAGCGGCAGCUCCCGCCCCCGCCCCGGCCGAGACGGGAGGUAAAAAGAAGAAGAUUCCGGCACAUCUCGCCUUGAUUCAGAAGCAACAGGAGGAGUUGCGUCGCAGGCAAGAGGAGGCUGUCCGUCUGGAAGCCGAAGCCAAGGCUUUGGCCGAAGAAGAGGAAAAGCGACUGGCCGAGGAAAACAAGCGCAAGGAAGAACAAAAGGCUCUCAAGAAGCAACGUGAAAAGGAGCGUAUUGAGCAGCUGAAGAAGGAGGGCAAGUUCCUCACCAAAGCACAGAAAGAGGAAAAGGCUCGAAACGAGCUGAAGCUCCAGCAGAUGCUUGCAGCAGGCAUCAAGAUUGGGCCUCAGGAAGAAGAGGGUGCACCUAAGAAGAAGGUGGUAUAUGACAGCAAGAAGAAGAGAGGCAAGAACGACAAGAAGGAUGAAGAGGCUGCUUUGGCUGAGGCCGCCGAAAGAGCUCGACUCCAGGCCGAGAAGGCCCUUAAGGAGGCAGAAGAAAAGGCUGCAAAGGAAAAGGCCGAGGCUGAGGCCAAGGCCGCCGCCUCCAAGGCUGCUCGGGAGAGCGACGUGGAGGAUGACUGGGAAGCUGCUGCUAACAGCGAAGGGGAGGACGUCAAAGACAGCUGGGAUGCUGAUUCCGACGAAGAGGCGGAGAAGAAGGCCGCUGCCAAAGAUAAGAAGGAGGAGGAAGACGAGGAGGAGGAAGACGAAAGCGAGUCCGAAGAGGAAGAUUCCGAAGACGAGGCUGUAUCAAAAGCCCAGCAACUCGAGGCUCAACGCAAAAAGGAGGCUGCCGAACGCCGAGAGAAGGCUCACCAGGCCGCCCUGGCCGCUCGAUCCAAGGAUAACCUGCGCUCUCCCAUCUGCUGUAUUCUGGGACACGUUGAUACCGGAAAGACAAAGCUUCUCGACAAGAUCCGACAGACCAACGUCCAGGAAGGCGAAGCCGGAGGUAUUACGCAGCAGAUUGGUGCUACAUACUUCCCCGUCGACGCCAUUAGGCAAAAGACGGCUGUGGUAAACAAGGAUAGCGAGUUCGAAUUCAAGGUGCCUGGUCUCCUUGUUAUCGAUACCCCUGGCCACGAGUCUUUCUCCAACCUCCGAUCCCGUGGUUCGUCCCUGUGUAACAUUGCUAUUCUAGUCGUGGACAUCAUGCACGGUCUUGAGCCGCAGACUUUGGAGUCUAUGCGCAUGCUUCGUGAGAGGAAAACGCCCUUUAUCGUGGCACUCAACAAGAUUGACAGACUUUACGGAUGGAAGAAGGUUGACAACAACGGCUUCCAAGACAGUCUGGCGCUUCAGAGCAAGGCGGUUCAGAACGAGUUCAAGAACCGCCUGGAGCAGACCAAGCUGGCGUUCGCUGAGCAGGGAUUUAACUCGGAGCUCUUCUACCAGAAUAAGUCCAUGGCCAAGUUCGUCUCGCUUGUGCCAACAUCAGCGCACACUGGUGAGGGUAUCCCGGAUAUGCUGAAGCUUAUCCUCCAGCUCACCCAGGAGCGUAUGGUUGGCUCUCUCAUGUAUCUGUCCGAGGUGCAGGCAACAGUUCUUGAGGUCAAGGCCAUUGAGGGUUUCGGUAUGACCAUUGACGUCAUCCUGUCCAACGGUAUCUUGAGAGAAGGCGACCGAAUCGUGUUGUGCGGUACUGAAGGUGCUAUUGUGACAAACAUCAGAGCUCUGCUCACUCCAGCGCCACUACGCGAGCUGCGUCUCAAGUCGGCAUAUGUUCACAACAAGGAGGUCAAGGCCGCUCUGGGUGUCAAGAUUAGCGCUCCUGGCCUAGAAGGAGCCAUUGCUGGUUCCAGGCUGAUGGUGAUUGGUCCUGACGAUGACGAAGAUGACAUUAUUGACGAGGUCGAGUCAGAUCUGGCAAACCUUCUCAGCAGAGUCGAGACCUCUGGUCGUGGUGUCAGUGUGCAAGCCUCCACUCUUGGUUCACUGGAAGCCUUGCUCGACUUCCUCAAGGACUGCAAGAUUCCAGUGGCCAACGUUGGUAUCGGUCCAGUUUACAAGCGUGAUGUGAUGCAGUGUGGUAUCAUGUUGGAGAAGGCACCAGACUACGCUGUGAUGCUCUGUUUCGAUGUCAAGGUCGACAAAGAAGCUCAGCAAUACGCCGAGGAUCAGGGAAUCAAGAUUUUCACCGCCGACAUCAUCUAUCACUUGUUUGACAACUUCACCAAGCACAUGGAUGAGAUGCUGGAGAAGAAGAAGGAAGAGUCCAAGAUGCUGGCAGUCUUCCCUUGCGUCUUGAAGCCGGUUGCUAUUUUCAACAAGACUGCUCCUAUCGUCAUUGGUGUGGAUGUGGUCGAAGGUCAGCUCAAGAUCAAUGCGCCAAUUGCAGCUGUCAAGACCAACCCAACGACAAACGCCAAAGAAGUCGUUGCCCUUGGUAGAGUCACUUCUAUUGAGCGAGAUCAUAAACAGAUCCCAGUCUGCAAAAAGGGCCAGCCUUCUGUUGCCGUCAAGAUUGAAAUGGGUGGUCACCAGCCCAUAUACGGUCGACACCUGGAAGAGGCCGACACGCUCUACAGCCAGAUUUCGCGAGCUAGCAUUGACACCCUGAAGGAGUUUUACCGCAAGGAGGUGACCAAUGAGGAAUGGCAGCUGAUUAUCAAGCUGAAGCCCCUGUUUGACAUCUGA